AUGUCGUCUCACACGUCCGAAUCUCUGCUUUCAUCUGGACAGAUGAAGGUGAUAUACUUCAGUUAUGAGUUGCCAGAAGACCUCAGCGGUCUUCUGCGUCGGCUUCAUGUUCACAGCCAGUGCAGGAAGCACCACAUUUUGGCGCAAUUCAUAAGCCAGGCCACGCUAGCUGUGCGCGAGGAAGUCCAGUUGUUGCCAGCCUCACUACGCUGUCUGGUGCCACUGUUUGAAACCAUAUUCAGCCUCGCGGGCUACUCGGAUCUGAGAAGCGGGCCUCUAGCAGGCUCGAUGGACGGUGUUCUUCUCUGUGGAUUUCAAAUCGCAACCUUGAUCGGAUACUAUGAGAUCAACGGAUUCCAUGAUGUCCACAGCGGAGACAGAUAUCUUUCUGGCCUCGGUCUUGGUCUGAUCUCGUCUUUGGCCGCCUCGCUAGCCCCUGACUUGGCCAGUCUUCCUACCAUUGGCGCUGAGGUGGUUCGGAUAGCGUUCCGUUUGGGGGUGGUUGUCAGCGAGGUGUCAAACAACCUGGAGCCGAUAUCGGGACAGCCAAGCCACCAUCACAGCAGCUGGGCAUACGUCGUUCCCGAUGUGGUUCCUACCGACGUUCAGAAUGAGCUUGAGGUGUAUCAUGCUGAAAAAGUUCCCUUGCCAGUGUUUGCUGGCCUCUGCCAUGCCAAGCAUAUUUACGACAACAGCUACACGGCAGAGAUCAUCCAGACAAGCUCCAUUGAUGUCAUCGACACCACAUUUACGCCACAAACGGCCAUAUUCUGCUCAAGCAACGGCCAGCCAAUGCAAGCUUGGACGGCACGGACACUCUUUAGGGACGUCGUCUCGGAGAUCCUCACGCAGUCGAUCCACUGGGAAAAGGUGGUACAGGGCAUUAUGCAGACGGCGCGUGGGACCGCGGCGGUCAAAUUCCAGCUUGCCAUAUUUCAGCCGUCGCUGGCAGACCACGAAUUGAUGCACACGCUAAACGCCGAGCUGGUAGGGCUUAAGACGUCGACGAAGAACCUGGCAUCGUGGAUCACGGCAGACGAUAGCAAUCACGAGACCACAGCCAACGACGGCAUUGCUAUUGUCGGCAUGUCCUGUCGUCUACCCGGUGGCGCUACGGACACGGACACGUUUUGGGCCAUUUUGGAACAGGGACUCGACGUGCACCGGACCGUUCCGGCGGACCGCUUCGAUGUCACCACGCACUGCGACCCCAGUGGCAAAAGUCUCAACGCCAGCUGGACCCCGUACGGCUGCUUCAUUGAUGAGCCAGGACUGUUCGACGCAGCCAUUUUCAACAUGUCGCCACGUGAGGCCGUGCAGACGGACCCGAUGCAGCGGCUGGCCCUCGCCACAGCGUACGAAGCACUUGAACGUGCUGGCUUUGUUCUCAACCGUACACCUUCGUCGCGAGAACCCUGUGUCGGCACAUCCUAUGGCCAGGCUAGCGACGACUACCGUGAGGUCAACACGGGUCAAGAAAUUGGCACCUACUUCAUCACGGGUGGCUGCCGCGCGUUUGGCCCUGGGCGCAUUAACUACUUCUUUAAGUUUUCCGGACCCAGCUAUAGCAUCGACACGGCGUGCUCGUCGGGGCUGGCGGCCAUCCAGGUGGCGUGCACGACGCUCUGGGCCGGCGACGCAGACACCAUUGUAGCCGGUGGUGUCAACGUGCUGACCAACUCGGACGCGUUUGCCGGCCUCAGCAAUGGGCACUUUUUGUCUAGUACGCCUAAUGCCUGCAAGACGUGGGAUAGCGAGGCCGACGGGUACUGCCGUGCAGAUGGCGUGGUAUCGUUUGUGUUGAAGCGGCUGGCCGAUGCCAAGGCCGACAACGACACUAUUCUGGGGGUUAUUGGGGGUGCUGGCACGAACCAUUCGGCCGACGCCGUCUCUAUCACCCACCCCCAUGCGCCCUCACAGGCCUAUCUAAUGCGACAGGUUCUGGCCCAGGCCGGCGUGGAUCCCCUGGAUGUGAGCUACGCCUGGCCACGCGCAUUGGGAGAUGGCAAGAAGAGGCUAGCUCUAAUGAACAACUUUAGUGCUGCUGGUGGCAACAAUUGUCUGCUUCUGGAGGAGGCGCCGGCGAAGACACCUUGCAAAACCAGCGACCCUCGACCUGUCCAUACGGUCGCAGUCUCCGCCAAGAGCAAGCAGUCGCUACUAGGAAACCUCGAGCGCCUAGUAGCCUAUCUCGAGGCCCAUCCGCAGACAUCUAUGGCUAACGUCGGCUACACUACCACAGCACGUCGGCACCAUUACAACCAUCGCGUGGCCGUCGUUGUGUCCGAUGCCGCUACAGCCACUGCCAAACUACGCACGCAGCUGACUUUGGUGGACGCCCUCAAGCCCAUUCUGCCCAUGGCACCACCCUCGGUCGUAUUCGCCUUCACUGGCCAGGGCGCAUCUUACCCUUCUAUGAAUGUUGAACUGUUCCAUGACAGCCCGGCUUUCCAGGCCCAGAUGCUGCAUCUUGAUGUUCUUGUCCAGAAGCAAGGCUUUCCUUCUAUAGUGCCUGCACUCGAUGGCAGUCACGUGCGAAGUCACGUCCAUUCACCCGUGGUCACGCAGCUGGCUCUCGUCUGUGUCGAAAUCGCCCUGGUGCACUACUGGGCGGGACUGGGCAUUCGGCCGGAUGUGGUCUUAGGUCAUAGCCUGGGCGAGUAUGCUGCGCUGCAUGCGGCUGGCGUGCUAUCAGCCAGCGAUGCCAUCUUUCUAGUCGGCAAGCGGGCGCAACUGUUAACGGAGCUCUGCGAGGUGGGCAGCCAUGAUAUGUUGGCCGUGCGGGCGUCGGUUGAAGACAUUGAAGCGGCCGUGGGCUCCGGUGACUACGAAGUGGCCUGUUUAAACAGCCCCCGGGACACUGUCUUGAGCGGUUCAGCAAACAAAAUCGGCCGUGUCGCCCACGCCUUGGAGACCAGGGGUAUCAAGCGCUUCCGGCUCGACGUCUCCUUUGCCUUCCACUCGUCCCAAACCGACCCUGUACUGGACCGCUUUGAGCAGGCCGCCUGUGCUGGUGCUGUUACCUUCCACCAGCCCACGCUGCCUGUUAUCUCGCCGCUGCUAGGCCGCGUUAUCUUUGAUGACAAGACAGUCAACGCCCGCUACAUCCGCCAGGCCACACGCGAGCCCGUGCGAUUCCAUGAGGCGCUGGGGGUUGCAUACAAUAUGGGCAUUAUCGACGACAGCAUGGCCUGGGUUGAAGAUGGCCCCCAUCCCGUCUGCCUCGGCUUUGUCAAGUCGACCCUAACUGCGGGCCCGGUGGCUUCGGUCCCGUCGCUGCGUCGUGGUGAGAACAGCUGGCAGACCCAGGCUCUUAGCCUGGCCGUGCUGCACAACGCCGGGCUGCCAGUCAACUGGGACGAGUUCCACCGGCCCUUUGAGCCGAUGCUGUCCCUAAUGGACCUUCCAACGUACGCUUGGAACGACAAAACGUACUGGCAUCAGUACACGGGCGUCUGGGCGCUAACUAAGGGCAACACCUUUUACACGGACAAAGCAGAAGCCCAGAAGCCGCUCAGCCCGGCUAGCUCGGCCAUUCAGACAACGUCUGUGCAGCGGGUCGUCCAAGACGUCUUCAUGACUACCACUGCCAAGGUCGUGAUCCAGUCCGACCUGAUGCAGCCCGAGCUGUUGGCUGCUACUUACGGACAUAGAAUGAACAACUGCGGCGUUGUUACAUCUUCUAUCCAUGCCGACAUUGCCUUUACGCUUGGCCGCUACCUGCUCGACAGGCUGCGCCCAGGUGCGCAAGACACCAGCAUUGAUAUUGCCAAUCUCCAAGUGGUCAAGGGUCUUGUUGCCUACAAAGACACUUCAGUCCCUCAGGUCAUCCAGGUGUCUGUGGUUGUUGAUGAUGUUUCGACACUUUCCGUAGCUCGGCUAGCAUGGCACAAUGUCCAGGCAGAUAAGACUUUAGAAGAGCUUCCCUUUGCCACAGCCGAGUUGCACUUUGGGUCCCCCGCUGGCUGGCUACAGGCCUGGUCUCCUUUAACUCAUCUCGUCCAAGGUCGCAUUGACGAGCUCACCCGCCUCGCUGAUCUCGGGGUAGCCAACCGCCUGUCUCGUAACAUGGCCAACACGCUGUUCGCUGGCAGUCUGGUCGACUACAGCGAAAAGUACCGCGGCAUGCAGUCGGUUGUCCUGCACGGUCUGGAGGCAUAUGCCGAUGUGACGCUGUCGACAGCCUCUUUGAAGGGCACCUGGACCAUCCCGCCCGACUUCAUCGAUAGCGUGGCCCACCUGGCCGGCUUUGUCAUGAACGUGUCCGACGCCCACGACACGCACGCCAACUUUAGCGUCACGCCCGGCUGGGGUUCUAUGCGGCUGGCCGUACCGCUUGUGGCUGGGGGUCAGUAUCGCUCGUAUGUGAAGAUGGUCCCGACCUUCGAAGACCCGCGCAUCUUCCUAGGUGACGUUUACGUGCUACGUGCUUUAGACGGGGUUAUUAUUGGUGUCGUGGGUGCCAUUGAGUUCCGCCAGUAUCCGCGUCUGCUACUAAACCGCUUCUUCUCGGCCGAUGCGCCGACUGCCUCGCCUGGAUCGGCUCAACAGUCCACCAAGCCUGUUGAACCUGUGGCCCCUCCUCCUGUACCUGUUGUUCAGAGCACAUCUGCACCAGCGCCGGCAGUUGCGGCAGAGAACAACACAGAUAGCACGACGUCCAAGGCCAUUGCCCUGGUGGCUGCCGAGGCUGGUAUUGAGCUUUCUGAGCUGCAGGAUGAUGUGCACUUUGCCCAUGUCGGUGUUGACAGUCUCAUGAGUCUGGUUAUUUCCGAGCGCUUCCGCGAACAGUUGGGCGUGCAGGUCCGGGGCAGCUUGUUCUUGGAAUAUCCGACCGUAGGUCACUUGCGGGCGUGGUUGGCUGAGUAUUACGGUUAA